AGGCUACAGCUCCCCCGGAUGACGUAAUGCUUUUAUUUUCACGGCCGUGACUUCAUCUGAGCAAAGACUCUCUCAAACUUCCACUUUCUCCUUCUCGACUCAAUUCGGGUCCCCGGCGGACUCCAAAGUUCGUCUUGUCCACAAUCCGACCCGUCGACGCGCCAUUUGACUCCGACGUCGACAUUUCCAACGUGAGAAAGCGUCCGUGCCGCCAGCAAGUCCCAUGAUGAUGUCAUCACCACUUGACUUUUGACUCCUCCCCCUCCGACACGCACUGGGCAGUUCUGAGGACAGCGGCGCCUGUCGGGGGGGAAGGGGGAGGGCUGAGGUCCAGACGCCAACAUGUCUUCUUGUGAAACCUUCACCACUUGGCUGCAUUGACACAGCAAGGCGGAAGCGACGAUUGGUGGGUGGAGCUACAAGUAGACAGGGCGGUAAUGAGUAGUGAAGGGUCUGCAGUACUGUGAGUCGUGCCUGGGACCGGGGACACAAGCGGGCAUGCUGAGGCCCGGCAGUGUGCGGCCCAUCAGGGCGGAGGGUCUGGUGGCGCUGCUGGAGGGCGGUCUGGACCGCGUGGUUCUGAUUGACAGCAGACCCUUUGUGGACUACAACACCUCCCACAUCCUGGACGCCGUCAACGUCAACUGUUCCAAACUGAUGAAGAGGAGACUUCUGCAGGACAAAGUCCACAUCACAGAACUGCUCCAGCACUCGGCCAGCAACAAGUUGGAGUUGCAGGCCGACCAUGAAGUAGUUGUGUAUGAUCAGAGUUCUUCGGACCCGUCCUCUCUCAGCGCCGAUGGCUUCGUCAGCACCUUGUUGCUCAAACUGGAGCACAACUUUCCGUCCGUGCACCUGCUGGCGGGUGGUUUCUCUGAGUUUUCCCGCCUGUUUCCUGGCCUGUGUGAGGGCAAGUCGGUGCUGGUUCCCGCGUGCAUGUCACAACCGUGCUUACCUGUGGCCAACACGGGCCCGACACGCAUCCUGCCUCACCUGUACCUGGGCUGCCAGCGGGACGUCCUCAACAAGGAUGUCAUGCAGCAGAACGCCAUCGCCUAUGUGCUCAACGCCAGCAACACGUGUCCCAAACCCGACUUCAUUCCAGAGUCUCACUUCCUGCGAGUUCCUGUCAAUGACAGUUUCUGUGAGAAGAUCCUGCCGUGGUUGGACAGAUCCGUGGAGUUCAUAGAGAAGGCCAAGACCUCCAACGCCUGCGUUCUCGUUCACUGCCUGGCGGGGAUCUCCCGCUCCGCCACCAUCGCCAUCGCGUACAUCAUGAAGAGGAUGGACAUGUCUCUGGAUGAGGCGUACAGGUUUGUCAAGGAGAAGAGGCCGACCAUUUCCCCUAACUUUAACUUCCUGGGUCAGCUGCUGGACUUUGAGAAGAAGAUCAAGUGUCCUCGCGUCACGCAAGAGAAGCCCGUCUUUGUGGAUCUGCCUCCAGAUCGUGAUGUCAGCAGGGGGGCGGUGUUGGAGCCCCUCAUGCUACCCUGCCUGGUAGAGCGCGCACCUGAGGAACGUCUGCUAGCUCAGGCCCUCGGUGGCCUCCAGCUUGCCGGCGAUGACGGCGCUCGCUUAAAACGCUCCUUCUCUCUGGAUAUCAAGGCUUACGGCGAGCCAGGCGGGGGCGCCGCCCACAGGGGCUUUGUUCCUCAUGGCGGGCCAGGAGAUGCCACGGCUAAAGCGUGUAACUUCUCUCCUGUGGAGGAGGUCUCGGAGCAAAGUCCAGACAAGGAUGACGUGCACGCCACCCAGCAAGCUUCACCCCCACCUGGUACCGCGCCUCAGAGGGUGGAGAAAACCGCCAACUUCCUGUUCGGACAGUCACAGAGCCAGCAGCACCUAGCCAGGGCGGACCCCGGCGGUGCCCUCAAAGGGUGGCACUCAGACAUCCUGCUGGGGCCCGUCACCACGUCAGCUUUGUCCUCCUGGUACCUCUCCUCGGACAACACCCGUUUCUACUCCACCUCGGCCAUCUUGAGUGGCGGCAGCCUAGCAGGGUACAGCUGUGGGCAUGGGCUCGAGGCGGUGCGGCGGCGUGGGCGGCCACAGACGCGAGACCACGGCGACUCUCGCAGGAGCUGGCACGAAGAGAGCAGCUUCGAGAAGCAACUGAAGAGACGAAGCUGUCAGAUGGACUUCGGAGACGGCGUGACGGACAGACGUUCCCGUGACGACGUGACACAGCUCGGAACUUGCUCCAGUUUUUCUGGAAGUUUGGAACUCAUCCAGGUGUCAUGACUAGUGUUCUGCCGCCCCCUGCCCUGCUUUUAGGUUGUCACUAUGUUCUGUAGCUCUGCCUCCUUGCUGCAUGAUGAUGAUGUUGACUUUGAUUAAACAUGUGAUCACAUGUGUGUUACAA